AUGGCCACAGAAACAACUACUGCUCACACUGGGCAACUCCAGAGAGUCGAUUCGCAGCCGGAGAACCCCUACGCUGCCUUGAUUGAAGACCAAUCCAUUGCCGUGGUCCCAUCUUUUACUCUUGAGUCCGGCGUCACUCUAUACAAUGUCCCUGUUGCAUACACCACUCGAGGAGUCCUGUCACCCAAAGGCGACAACGUUUUGGUCAUCUGCCAUGCUUUGAGUGGAAGUGCCGAUGUCGCAGACUGGUGGGGCCCACUCCUCGGUGGCCCUGGACAAGCAUUCGAUGUGUCCCGAUUCUUCAUUGUUUGUUUGAACAGUUUGGGUAGCCCUUACGGGAGCGCCAGUGCGGUGACCUACAAGGACGGUAACCCUGAAAAAGGCUACUAUGGACCUGAGUUCCCUCUUACCACCGUACGCGAUGACGUGAACAUCCACAAGCUUGUCCUGGAUGAUUUGGGCGUAAAGCAGAUCGCUGCCGUUGUCGGUGGCUCUAUGGGUGGGAUGUUAACCCUCGAAUACGCCUUCUUUGGUAAAGAUUAUGUACGAGCCAUCGUCCCAAUCGCAACAUCCGCAUGUCACUCCGCGUGGUGCAUCAGCUGGGGCGAGGCCCAACGACAGAGCAUCUACUCGGACCCCAAGUAUGAUGAUGGAUAUUAUACGUUUGACGACCCUCCCGCUACAGGCCUUGGAGCGGCGCGUAUGUCGGCGCUGCUCACCUACCGCUCCAGAGACUCCUUCGAGUCCCGCUUCGGCCGUAAUGUUCCUGACCCAUCAAAGCGACAGAACAUUAAGGGAACGGAUAAGCUACCCACACCUCCCAAUGAACACUGGGCUAUCCACAACGAUGGUCACAAGGGCGGCGCCUCUCGCUCCGAGACUCGACAGAGUUCGCCAGUGCCUCAAACUGAGAUCCAAUUCAUGGACCCCCAAUUCUCGGGAACCAAGACAUUCUCAGCUUCCACUCCAGUCAAGACUGAUUCCUCCGGUCGCCCGCGCCCACCUACUUACUUCUCUGCUCAAUCCUAUCUUCGCUACCAGGGAGACAAGUUUGUCCAGCGAUUCGAUGCCAAUAGCUACAUUGCUAUGACCCGCAAACUGGAUACACACGAUGUCUCUCGCCAUCGUACUUCGGACAACGCCGAGGAUCGCGUUCUUGACGCGCUCUCCCGGAUUGAACAGCCUGCCUUGGUUAUGGGUAUCGAAUCUGACGGCCUUUUCACUUUCGCUGAGCAGCAGCAGGUCGCUGAUGGAAUCCCUGAUUCCCGCCUGAAGCGCAUCGACAGCCCCGAAGGCCACGACGCAUUCCUCUUGCAGUUCGAGCAGGUCAACCGCCAUAUUGUGGAAUUCUUCAACGAGGUUCUGCCUGAUAUUAUGGCUCAAGAAGGCGAUGUUGCCGCCGUGGCAAGUGUCAAAAAGCUUACGAAGAGCAGCAAGUUCGGUGAGGCUGAAGUGGAAGAUAUUACCGCAUGGUAA